GCAAUUAAGUGAAUCUCUAUUGCAUUAAUUUUUUCACUGGGAAUAUUAAAUUUCCGAGUAACAGUUAGAGAAACAAACUGAUCAGAUAAUUACAAGAUGGCUGAGGUACAAAGAACAAUCAGAAUUACCACUGAACAGCAUAUUAUGAAAGAUGUACCACCAGUAGAAAACUAUCCAAUGAGACAGUGGUCGGUUGAAAUUUCAAUGUUAAAUGAACAAGGUCAAGAAAUACCUGCUAAUAUUAUAGAUAAAGUUACUUAUACUUUACAUCCAACUUUUGCUAACCCAAUAAGAAGUCUUAAACAAAAACCUUUCAGAGUCGAAGAACAAGGUUGGGGUGAGUUUGAUAUUCCAAUUGCUAUACACUUAGUUGGCUUGAAUGGUAAACAAGGUGAAAGAAAAUUCAAUCAUGAUUUAAAUUUCUUACAAGAAAAAUAUAUUGUUGAUAAACCAAUUAAUAUUCCAACUAAAAAUGCUCAAUUGAAUAAAUUAUUAGCUGAAAGUGGUUCAUUGCCAAGUUUGACUAGUGAUUCUAAUGAUAAUAAACGUAAAAAUGAUAAUGAUUUGAAUACUUCAAAAUUGAAAAAACUGAAAAAUUCUAAUGGCAGUGCUACAAAAGGUAAUAUUGAUUUAGAAAAAUUGGCUAAUGGUUUGACUAAAUUAAGCGAAGAUGAUUUAAUUGUUAUUGUUCAAAUGGUUACCGAUAAUAAAACUAGUGAAAUGAAUAUUAAAAAUGAUUUUGAAAAUGGUGAAUUCACAAUGGAUUUAUAUACUUUACCAGAACCUUUAUUAAAAGCUUUAUGGGAUUAUGUUAAAAAACGUACCAAUGAAGCUUAA